GAAGAUCAUAAUAUCCCCAAAAUUCUCAGCAAAAUCCCUACCUGAUCUUUGAUCGUUUCUUCAAGAAUCCAUGGCGUCCAACUACCGUUUCACCAUGAGACAAGAUCUCAACGAUCAUCACUUGCAAUUGCACUUCUCCUCUGCUGCUUUCCGUCUCUUCCACUUGGACUUAUCCUUCCUGUUCGUCGCUCCCAUGGAUUGGAACAUAGCCGUACACUCCUUACAUAAAUCACUCCCCUGUUCCUGUACCCUCAUUUUUUCCGAUUACUUCGGUCCAAAGAUCGUUCAUGACCUCUUUUCCGACAUGGGUUCAUCGGAAGAAUUCAUCCAGACUGUCACACCGGAUGUUUUGUGUUUUGCAAGGGAACUAUACCUUGACCCCAUGAAUGUGGAACGUAAGGUGCUCAAAAUUGUCAUUCAAGUGCUCGUUGAAAUGCCUCCUGAUGACUCAAUUGAAGAGGUUGAUAUGGUGAAGUUUAGACCUGCUAGUGAGUCCUCCAUUGAAUCUUUAGAAAGGUUGAAAUUGUGUCAGAUUGUUGGUAAUAGGAUGGAUCAUGCUUUACCCAUCAAGAAAAGGAGAAGGGGUAAUGACGUUCCUGGUUUCACCAAGGAAUGUAUAAUUUGUCUGGAGGAUUUUUGGAGUGAUGAAGAAGUUGUGCGGAUGCCGUGUAAGCAUUUCUUCCAUGGUGACUGCAUUGUUAGGUGGCUUAGGAAGAGUCAUCUGUGUCCUCUGUGCCGGUACCCAUUGCCAGGCUGAGGAUUCUCAUUUGCCUGUAGAGAGCUGGCAUUGAAUGUAAAAUUUUGCAGUACAGGAUUCAAUUGUACACCCAUGACAUAAAUGAAGUAACAUGUUUUCU